AUGAUUGUCUUGUAUUGCUUGCUGUGGUCUGUGGUCUGCGGCGCACAGGCGAUGGACAGCACUAGGGGUGUGAUAGUGGGCGCCAUUGUCUGCAAACUGGAUGUGCACAAGAAGAUGGUGGGCAGGGGUUAUAUAGCGAUGUUGGCCGUCGACAAGGACUACAGGAAACGUAGGAUCGGCUCCAAUCUGGUCCUCAAAGCCAUUCAGGCCAUGAUUGCCGGCGACGCCGACGAGGUUGUGUUGGAAACGGAGGUCACAAACAAGUCGGCGCUCAAACUGUACGAAAACCUCGGUUUCGUUAGAGACAAGCGAUUGUUUCGCUAUUAUCUCAAUGGUGUCGACGCUCUGAGGCUUAAACUGUGGCUUAAAUGACAUACUCUCUCAUCAAAUAUAAGUUAUUUAAUUGAAAAAAUACAUUCACUCAUAGCUAAUAUUGAUAUAAAUGAGGAUUUUAUACAUAAAACACAUACUUUUAAAAUAAUUAUAAUUAAAAACGUGCGAAAAGUUUAGUGCAAUUAAUAAGAUGUGAAAAAAAGAUAAUUUUGUUUUGUUUUUCUGGACGUAAAAUAAAUUACUUUUCGAUAAAAAA